UAUCUAGACGUAAUUAGGAGUACGCGUGUAGACGACGUGGAAGUUAUUGUAGGGGGAGUGGUUUUGGUUCUCUAUAUAUAACCAGCAACAACAGCCCUUGAGAGAAUUACUACGCCAACAGAGAAGGAAGCAGCAGCUGAUCCUGAAGAGCACUUCGCUAGCCUGUUAAAGUUAAUUAAUUAGCAGUUAAUUAAUUAGUCAAGAAGAUGUCAAGUACUAACUUCAUAGACAUCUUGCUGGCCAUCAUCUUGCCUCCUCUCGGUGUCUUCCUCAAGUUUGGUUGCGGGGCGGAGUUUUGGAUCUGCUUGCUGCUUACCAUUUUAGGGUACAUCCCUGGAAUCAUUUAUGCCGUCUAUAUCAUUACCAAGUGAUCGAUAUCACCCUCUUCUUCAUGAUCUCUUGUUGUGGAGAGACGCAGUACCGUUUGAUCCAAUAAAAAAGUUCCUGGUCGUCUGAUUCAAUGAAGAGCUCCUGAUUUUGUAUGGAGUUGGAUGAUUAUAAUACACUCCCUUUUCAUAAUUGUUUUUUCUUUUUUAAUGUAUUAAUUGAUAUUUUGUAAAGCUUAAUAAGCAAGUCUCUUUCGUUCUUAAUCUCCCUGUCUUAAUUUGUUGUGAACAUCCGAAUUUGUUUUGAUUAGUUAAUGGAAUUGUCUACCUAAUUGUUUGUGGAUGCAA